ACUCACACACUCAGCUUCUAAAACCCACACAUUUUCUCUCUCUCUCUCUCUCUUCAACAAUGACGCCAUCUCCCUCCUCCCUUCACGUGGAGGCACCGCAGCCCGGCCCAAGCCCGUUCCGAAAGAUGAUCGCCGUGGCAUCAAUUGCCGCCGGUGUGCAAUUCGGUUGGGCCUUACAGUUAUCCCUUUUAACCCCUUACGUUCAGACGCUCGGAGUGCCUCACGCUUGGGCCUCCUUCAUCUGGCUCUGCGGCCCAAUUUCCGGCCUGCUUGUCCAGCCCAUAGUGGGUUACUCUAGCGACCGUUGCACCUCUCGCUUCGGUCGCCGCCGCCCGUUUAUCCUCGCCGGCGCCCUCGCCGUCACCCUCGCCGUCUUCCUCAUCGGCUUCGCCGCCGACCUCGGCCACGCCCUCGGCGACGAUAUCACCAGAAAGACUCGUCCACGCGCCGUCGGGUUCUUCGUGGUCGGCUUCUGGAUCCUCGACGUCGCUAACAACAUGCUCCAAGGCCCCUGCCGCGCCUUCCUCGGCGACCUUGCCGCCGGCGACCACCGCAAAACGAGAACGGCCAACGCCUUCUUCUCAUUCUUCAUGGCCAUCGGUAACGUACUCGGAUACGCUGCCGGGUCUUACGACAACCUCCACCGUCUCUUUCAUUUCACGGAAACCAAAGCCUGCGAUGUCUUCUGCGCUAAUCUCAAAAGCUGUUUCUUCCUUUCAAUUUUACUUCUUUUAGUUCUCUCUCUUAUUGCGCUCGUUUGCGUAAACGACCCUCCAAUUACACCACGUUGUGGUGGUGAUAAUAAUAAUGAAGGAAACGACGCGGUACCGGGGUCACCGUUUACGUGUUUCGGGGAAUUGUUUGGUGCGUUUAAGGGGCUCCAGAAGCCGAUGUGGAUGCUGAUGCUGGUGACGGCUAUUAAUUGGGUGGCGUGGUUCCCGUACGUGUUGUUCGACACUGAUUGGAUGGGGCGUGAGGUGUACGGUGGUAACGUGGGGGACAAAGCAUACGAUUCGGGAGUGCGUGCUGGGGCGUUGGGGCUCUUGCUCAAUUCCGUGGUUCUGGCUUUCAUGUCGUUAGGGGUGGAACCGUUGGGUCGUUUCGUUGGGGGCGUUAAGUGGUUGUGGGGCAUCGUUAACGUUAUUCUCGCCGUUUGCAUGGCCAUGACGGUGGUCAUCACCAAGGCUGCUCAGCAUGAACGGCACUUUAACGGCGUUGCCGUUGGUAGCCCCUCUCACGGCGUGAAAGCUGGCGCCUUGGCUUUUUUCUCCGUCCUUGGUGUCCCUCUUGCGAUUACUUACAGCGUUCCAUUUGCUCUAGCAUCUAUAUACUCCAGCACUACAGGAGCAGGCCAAGGUUUAUCUUUGGGUGUCCUCAAUGUUGCAAUUGUCCUGCCACAGUUGGUAGUGGCGGCACUAAGUGGACCGUGGGAUGCUUUGUUUGGCGGUGGAAACUUGCCGGCUUUUGUGGUGGGUGCUGUGGCAGCCGCCGUGAGUGCCGUGAUGGCAGUGGUGCUGUUGCCAACUCCAAAGCCAGCGGACGUGGCCAAGGUUUCAACCCUUCCGGCAGGGGGUUUCCAUUAAUAUAUAUAGCUUUUUUACAUGUUUCAUUUUUGUCCCAUGCUUUUGACAUGGAAAAAUGGAUAGGCUCUUUUCAUUUCAAGUUCAUGCAUGUGCACCUAAUGUUUCCAUUGCCAUUUUUGCGGCAUUCCAUCAAUCAUAUUAUUUGUAUAGUAAUUUGGUGUGGUAAGACAGGAAAAAAUUAAAAGUAAUGCUUCAC